CUGUUUUGCUGUCACAACAAAUCUCUUAUCAGAAACCAAAACAAAUCAAUUUUUGUGAUUCAUCUCUGCUUUUCCAGGGGAAAACAGUUGUAUUUGUUGUAAUUUAUUUAAAAAAUAGUGCUCAAAAUGUUCAAUCACCUAACGGGCGGACGUGCCAACGUCCAACUACUGCAAGAAGCCGCAGUUCGGGACCUGGUUGAAAUUCUAGAUCGCUGCGAAGGAACUAAGGCAAUCGUAUGGGAUGAAUCGCUGGGCGGUCCAGUAGGGCUGGUAGCCCGUUACACCUUUCUCAAGGAGCAUCACGUUACGAAAAUGUACGCCCUUCGGCCGGAACCUUGGACCGACAUCGAUGUAAAGAACAUUAUCUUCAUCACUCGACCCAAUCAAACGCUGAUGGACUACAUUGCCAACAAUAUUCACGAAGAGGAGCGGAAGAAGAAAAUUUCCAAGAAGGAAUACUAUCUCUACUUUGUGCCCAAGAAAUCGUUCCUCUGCGAAAAGCGGCUUCAAGUGAAGGGCGUUCUGGGAAGUCUCGCGCACAUCGGAGAGUUCAAAUGUGACUUUUUCCCGUUCGAUAAUGAUCUGCUGUCGAUGGAACUGAAGGAUGCCUACAAAGACCUUUAUCUGGAUCGGGACACUUCCUGUUUGCAUCAGUCUGCCUGCGCCUUGCAGGCGUUGCAAAAACUCUACGGUCGAAUUCCUAAGGUCUAUGGCAUAGGUAGUUGCGCCCAGCGUGUUUGGGAGCUAACCAAAACCAUGAUGAACGAAGAGCAGACCGCGCCGAACAUCGACAAAGGAGUCAUCGAUCAAAUGAUCAUACUGGAUCGAUCGGUUGACCUGAUGAGUGUCCUGGCGACACAACUGACCUACGAAGGUCUGAUCGAUGAAAUAUUCGGGAUAAACAAUACGACCGUUAAUCUGCCCUCGGAAAAGUUCAACUCCGGAGAGGGCUUUUCCAUGGAAAAGACCACCGAGAAGAGCCAGUUUAUAUUGAAUUCCAAAGAACAGCUUUAUGCCGAGCUUCGAGAUAAGCACUUCAAUGCCGUUGGAGCUGUGCUUUCGCGGCUAGCCAAAUCGAUUCGUUCGAGAGCCAAUGAAAAUCAUGGUGAGAAAUCUAUCCAAGAAUUAAAGAAAUUUGUAGAAAGUUUGCCGCACAUCAAAGCCAACGAACAAUCGCUGGCCACCCAUACGAAAAUAGCGGAACUCGUCAAGGAUGUAAUCUCGUCGGAUAAUUUCCUGGAUGAACUCGGAUGUGAACAAGAGUUCAUGAUGUGCUCGGACGUUGAUAAGCCUAAUCCUUUCAUCGAAGAUCAGAUUGCGAAGCAAGCCCCUCUUCGGAAUGUCCUUCGUCUUAUGUGUAUGCAAUCUAUAGCAGGUUCCGGGUUGAAACCCAAAGUUCUAGAAUACUACAAGAGAGAACUCGUGCAGGUCUACGGUCUUCAGGUUCUCCUCACAAUCGGAAACCUCGAAAAGGCCGGAUUGCUAAAAACCCAAACUGGAACCAGAACGUACGCCGUUCUCCGGAAAACCCUAAACCUAACCGCCGAGCAUCCGGAGGAAGUAUCCCCAAAGGACAUCACCUACGUCCACAGCGUUUAUGCUCCGCUUUCCAUCCGAAUCGUCGAACAACACCUUAAACCCAACGGAUGGCAAAUCCUAACGGAAAUUCUACCGGGGCCAACGUUCGAGGACUACCAGCCGACGACGGCGCUCACCAGUCGACGGGGUUCGUUCACCUCGGAGAUAUCCCAGUCGGACAUACCUCGGGUGAUCGUGGUGUUCUUCAUUGGAGGGUGCACGUUUGCCGAGAUAUCGGCGUUGCGUUUCCUUACGCAGCAGGACGAGAACAAUGUGGAAUUUUUGGUGUGCACCACCAAGCUGAUCAACAAGAACAGCUUCUUGGAUGCGUUUAUCGAAAAGUAUUGAUGACAGGAGGAGGACAUUAUAUUAGGCAUUUGUUAAGUGAUUCUCAAUAUAUUCCAUUUACAUAACUAUAA